ACUCCACCUAUAAAUCCUGGAUUAUUUUUUAGAGCAGACAGCUGUGAAUUUUCCUAAAGCGGCUACAAAGAAAAGCAAUGACCAACAAAAACAAGGACGCAUCCAUCCCGCAGCCCUCUCUAGUUUAAAAAGAAACGAGUUAAAAUGAGCUCUUAUGUUGACAGCUACAAUCUCAGGCAAACAAGCGAGACAACUUCUCCUAACACUAUGUUUAGUUUCGAUGUAUCUGGGCGCACGUCCAGCCGCUAUGAGGGUGUUAAUGUGAGCGGGAUAUUCACUUGUCCCGUCCCCACGACCUCUGCUGAACGGGAGGAGAUGAAAACUAGCCUGCGUGGCAGUGCGGAUACUCCUCUCCUGCCUGGACCACAGAUAACCAUGGUCUCCAGUAGCUCGUCCGGGGACGACGUAGGCGGACUCGGCUACGGUAGCAGCACUCUGCUGGGACAAGAGGCGGACAGAGACCCGGGGAGGAGCGCGAAGUCCGGCGGCGACAAGAACCAGGAGAGCGAGAGAAACGCGGAGAAGACGCAGACGGUGAAAAGGAGCCAAAAAGUGAGCCAACGGCAGGACAGUGAGCAGCGGCCACAGAUUUAUCCAUGGAUGACAAAACUGCACAUGAGCCACGAAUCGGAGGGUAAGCGCUCCAGGACCAGCUACACCCGCUACCAGACUCUGGAGCUGGAGAAAGAGUUUCACUUCAACCGCUACCUGAGCCGCCGCAGGCGCGUGGAGAUCGCGCACACCCUGUGCCUGAACGAGAGGCAGAUCAAAAUCUGGUUUCAGAACAGACGGAUGAAGUGGAAGAAGGACUCAAAGAUCAAAGUGAAGGAGUAAAAAAAAAAAAAAAAAAAAAAAAAAAAGAAGAACAAGUGCAGCACAUAUUGUGUCAGCACCACGUUUCUGCUGCUGCUGCACCAUAGUGCUGCUGGAGUGGCGCGUGACCUCCGGAUGAACUGCGAGGAGCAAUGACAUCAUGACACCGCGCUCUGUGCUUCAUCACCAAUUAUGUGUCACUUGGUGCAGUUUGGGACCUAAUGUAUUGAAUAUCACUCACUUUGAUCAAUCGGUUUACAUUUUUAAAUUAAUUUGCUGCCCAUGCGAUGAGAAGCUCACUUUGCUGCACGGAGAGGACACGAGGCUGAGGGGGAGCUGCGGCUCCUUCACGCUGCAAGGCGCACUGCUCUGCAGUGCACUGAGAGGCUGCACAAUAAUACUAAUAAUAUCUUUUAAUUAUGGUAACAGUGGAGGAGGCUGAAUGAUAGAGCACUCUUUGUCAUUCUCAUCAUGUGAGGAAACUUCAAGGUCAAUCAUUCAGAAUGCGCAAAGUAUUUCUGACUGCCCUGGAAUCAAACAGUUCCCUGCAGUAUAAACUACUUCUCUUUCUUUUUUCCUGUCUGAUAUGUUCAAACAGUACUUUAGGAUGUGUGGUGUGUUCAAUGAGCUAAUAUUUGAGUGGAUCUCUGUCCAUGUUGUCUGUCCUCUUCCUGUGAAUCUAGAUCAUUGUGUGUAACUCAGCGACUGUGUGUGAUAAUAUUGUGAUGUGCAAUGAAGCCAUUUCUGUACACUGUACCUGGUUUAAAAUGAGGCCCAGAACUAUUGAUAGGUGGCUGAAUUGUCGAUUGU